AUGACCACCGGAAAGCUGCGCGGCAUGCACCCAAUGAUGGCGCGAUGCGUCGACAAACUCUCUGACUACCUUGACUCUAUCAUCGCCUCAAAGUCGCAGGGCGCUCUGAACAUCAAAGAGGUGAUGGUCGGCUUUGCCGUGGACGUCAUCGCUUCGACCUCCUUCGCCACCGACGUCAACAUCACCGACCGCAGCUCAUCAAACCCUUUCCUUUUCAACGCCAUUCGCCUGUUUGACUUUAAAGUGUGGCGAUUUGCCCUGCUCUUCCUCCUGCCUGAUGUCGUCAAUCGAGCCAUUGGCAACUCCAUCGGUCUCAGUGAUAAGCGAUUCAACUUUUUCCGCGACCUGGCGAGGGCCAUUAUCAAGCAGCGAAAGGAGGCCAAACUGGCUAACGGAGGGAAGAACAAGCAGCGUUCCGAUAUAGUUCAGCUGAUGAUUGACGCCUACGUUUACGAGGACAGUCUUCGGGAUACCAGCUACGCAAAGUUGACUGCUUCAGCGGAGAAUGAUGAUCACCAUGAAGCUGAACCACAAAAAAGCACUAACAAUUCAACUUCUUCCAAGAAAAGGUUGACCGAAAACGAGAUCAUUGCCCAAUGUAUUCUCGUCUUUGCGGCUGGCUUUGAAACGACGGCCACUACAACCAGCAACAUUCUCUACUUUCUCUCGCUAAACCCAGAGAUUCAGGACCGACUGGUGGAGGAGCUAAAUUCUAGCUUAAAGGGAGUUGAAGAGGACAGUGCUGAGUACUACGAGGUGGUCAUGAACCGAUCACCCUACCUGGAGGCGGUCAUCAAGGAGACCCUGAGAAUUUCACCUCCGGUCGGUCGACUGCAGCGGCGAGUAGGCGUGGAUGGCUACCAGCUGGGCGGCAUCACCCUCGACAAGAACAUUGAGGUAGACAUUAGCGUGCUGGCGGUGCACCGCGACCCGCGCUACUACCCCGAACCAGACCGCUUCAACCCGGACCGAUUUCUGCCAGAGAAUAAGCACCUCCUCACGCCGUACACCUUCCUCGUUUUUGGAGAUGGGCCAAGGAAUUGUAUGGGCAUGAGAUUCGCCUACCAGGAGAUCCGGCUCUGUCUGGCAAAGAUUGUUCGCCGAUUUGCCUUUGAGCGGACACCAGAGACAGUUGUGCCACUCAACUACGACAAGAUUGGCUUUCUCACCUGCAAGAAUAUUCCGCUCAAA